GCGGGGGCUGCUGCUCCCAUCAUGCUUUGCAGGAGGAAGCAGGAAGCAGCAGAGUGGAUGAAAACAGGGUGAUGGUGAUCGAGGAGGCAGCUCUCAGGGAGGGAUGGCUGAUGCUGCCUUCAGGACCCCCACAGGCUGCUGCUGCUGCUCCCAUGGAGCUCAGCUGACCCCUCCAUCCUCCACCCCCGUCCCUCCUUCAUCUCACUCUGCUGCCUCCUUUUCUUCUCCAAGACCAUGGAGGAGGUCUCCAAGGAAACGCCGCUGGCUCCGCCCCCUCUCCUGGAGCGGCGGGUUCGCCAGCGACAGCGCACGGCGUCAGUCCUCAGAUCCAAGCUGAAGCAGGGCGUUACCUGCUCCAUGCCCAGAGUGCGAUCCACCCUGACGGGGUUCUUCCCGGUGGUGCGCUGGCUGCCUAAAUACAAGCUCAGAGAGUACGUCUGGGGCGACGUCAUGUCUGGGUUGAUAGUAGGCAUCAUCCUGGUACCGCAGGCCAUCGCCUACUGUCUGCUGGCAGGUGUGGAGCCCAUCUACGGCUUAUACACUUCAUUUUAUGCCAACAUCAUCUACUUCCUGAUGGGCACGUCCAGACAUGUGUCAGUGGGAAUCUUCAGCCUCAUGAGCCUCAUGGUUGGACAGGUGGUGGACAGGGAGGUGUUCCUGGCAGGUUUUGACCUCAACGAGGAGUCCACAAAACCCAGUCCUGAUGUCUUUAACGGUACAAUCGGCUUCAAUCUCACUGGUGGUAACGUGCACACUGUGGAGCUGAUGGGUAUGCAGUGUGGGAAGGAGUGUUAUGCCAUCACCAUCGCUGCUGCUGUUACAUUCCUGGCCGGCAUCUACCAGAUUCUGAUGGCGAUAUUCCGGCUCGGCUUCGUCUCCGUCUACCUUUCGGGUCCGAUGCUCGACGGCUUUGCCACCGGAGCCUCUUUCACCAUCCUGACCGUUCAGGCCAAAUACCUGCUGGGUCUAAAGAUUCCACGUCACCAGGGCUACGGCACAGUGCCGGUCACCUGGAUCAACAUCUUCACCAACAUUCACAAGACCAACCUGUGCGACCUCAUCACUAGCGCCAUCUGUAUCUCAAUAUUAGUGGCAGGGAAAGAGAUCCAGGACCGCUACAAGGAUCGUCUAAAGAUCCCUCUACCGACUGAGCUGGUAGUUGUUGCAGGAGCUACGCUGGCCAGCCAUUUUGGGGAUCUGAACGGCCGUUAUGGCUCCAGCGUUUCUGGUCACAUCCCCACAGGGUUCAUUCCUCCUCAGGUGCCCGCCUUCAGUCUGAUGCCACGAGUGGCGCUGGAUGCCAUUCCUCUGGCAGUCAUUAGUUUUGCCUUCACGGUGUCGCUGUCUGAGAUGUUUGCCAAGAAAAACGGCUACACCGUUCGUCCCAACCAGGAGAUGCUGGCCAUCGGCCUCUGUAACAUCAUCCCCUCCUUCUUCCACUCCUUCACCACCAGUGCAGCUCUGGCAAAAACCAUGGUGAAGGAUUCAACAGGCUGCCAGACACAGGUGUCGAGUCUGAUCAGCGCUGUGGUCGUCCUUCUCGUCCUCCUGGUCUUUGCACCUUUCUUCUACUCUCUCCAAAAAUGUGUCCUUGCCUGUAUUAUCAUCGUCAGCCUUCGGGGGGCGCUGAGGAAGUUCAAGGACGUUCCGGCUAAAUGGCGUGACAGCAGGAACGAUGCCAUCGUCUGGUUGGUCACCAUGUCGGCCACGGCUCUGAUCAGCGUGGAGCUGGGCCUGCUGGUUGGGGUCGUCUUUUCCAUGAGCUGCAUCAUCUUCAAGACCCAGAACCCAAAGGUCUCUCUCCUGGGCCGAGUCAAUGACACCGAUCUUUAUGAGGACUUAGAAGAAUACAAGAACCUCACGCCACCCCCUCGGGUUCAGGUUUUCCGCUUCCAGGCUCCACUGUACUACGCCAACAAGGACUCCUUCCUCAAAUCCCUCUACAAAGCAGUCGGUGUUGAACCUUUCUUAGAGCUGACUAAGAGGAGGAAGGCUGAGAAGAAGGCCAAAGAAAUGUCCCUGAAGCAGGCCAAGGCAAACGGAGAGAAAAACAACGGUGACGUCACCGUAGGGCUCGUCCAAAGAGAGCUGGAAUUCCACACGAUAGUCUUAGACUGCUCUGCCAUCCCUUUCAUCGACUCAGCAGGCAUGGCCACUUUUAAAAUGCUGGUUAAGGAGUAUAAAGAGAUUGGAGUGAGCGUUCUGCUUGCCAGCUGUAGCACCACGGUCAUUGACAUCCUGCAGAAGGGACAGUUCUUUGGGAAGAAUGACAUAGACAUGAGCAGCCUCCUGUUUUAUACUGUUCAUGCUGCGAUUCUUUACGCCAACAGCGCUGCAGUGAGCAAACCAGAAGACUCUGUGGUGUAGAGCAUCCAGAGAAGACAGAAAAUAGGGAAAAUAUUGUCAUGUGCUCCACUUUCUCCUCUCCGUUGUGUGCCUGAAAGUGACUUUGGGCAUUUUGUAGUACUAAGAAGGUGCCUUUAAGGAAGCUUUGUCUGAGAAAACAAGGGUACCAAGAUUAUCCACUUAGAGAGAGAAUCUUAUUACCGAAUAUGUCUUAAAGCUUUGUGCUCUCAUACACAACAAAACUUCAUCUUCUUUAAAGGUUCCGAGAUCUAAAGAGCUGGACUCGAGUUGAAAUUUAGUAAAGUUGAUCAAAGUUGAAGGAAAGACAACAAUCUACGGCACCAUUCAAACCACAUUCCUAAUAUCGUCUUGGUUCCUGUUGUGCCACCAAAGCUUCUGUGACACAUUGGAGCAUAAACAUGAGACUUCUUAGGGGGUUUUUGUUGUCUUAAACCAGUAUAUUGUCAUCGAAUCCAUCGGGUCUUGUGGUUUGUGGAGUGUGGCCUCCAUGUUUAGAGCUUAUUCCAGUACAUCUCGCAAAUGCUCAACCUCAUUGGGAUCUGGGGAGUUUGGAGGCCGAGUUAGUGCUUUGGUCCUCUUCUUCUUGGGUUAUUGAAACUGUUUUGGCAGUUUGGUAGGGGCGUCGUCCUGCUUGGGGAGGCUGUGUGGGAGCGUCGCCAUGGGGUGGAGCGCUUGGAGUUUAUGUGGGUGCAACAUGACGUCAACAUGAACACCAGGACUUCAGGUUUACCAGCCAAACAUUGCAUCGUACCACCAUUAUUCCUGUAUCGUGCUUCUGGUUUUAACCCUUUGAUACGGAACAUGGGUAGCCGAGCCGCGCUAGACAACCCACGGCAACGAGUUUAAUUCUCUGCCAGGGUGGGUCUAGUUACCCUCCAUAAGGCUCGAGGCUGGAUUCUCCUAAAACUGGCCGGACCAAUCACCAUGAAGUGUAGAGUCAGAAGGCGGGCGUAACUAAGUGACGACAGAGGCGCGACGAUUCUGACAGAAACAACCGGCGCACAAUAAACAGUUAUCUUUCCACUCGGCUUUGGCCACAGCCCUUAAAGAUUUGAAGCUAAAAUUCAACUUGAAAGAUAAACAAAGGACGGCACUGAAGUGUUUCAUUGAGAAGAAAGACGUAUUUGAACUUAUGCCGACGUGAUAUGGCAAAUCCUUAAUAUACCAGUUGGCUCCGCUGGUUGGGAAGCUAAUGGGACUUAGCCACAAUCCGCCGGCACUCCAGGAACUACGUCAGCCUAUUCGUUGCGCUGAUUGGUUGUAUACCUACCCAAUUGCUGCAGAGUGAUUUGAAAGACAACCUUUUAGCCCGCCUCCCUCCCUGUCGAGCGUUCCUAGACCCUUGUGCCUUCAGAACAUGGGUCUAGUGCGGCUAGGCCACAACAUGGGUUAAAAGUGACCCAAAUCCAAAGGAAAAUUUGUAUCUCUUGACCCACAGUGCGCAUUAAAGCAUUAAUGUAUUCAUUGUUCAGCCAAUACUGCAUUGACAAAAAGCAUUACAUUUUAUAAGGGAACUGUUUUUAAAAGGAAAAAUUCAACAUUUUCAUAUACAAUAAAGAGCUGUCGAGGCCUAGAUUUGUUAUAUAAUUCAGUUUCAAAUUCACAAAUUAAAUGUGAUAUGAUUGUUUAAAGUUAUUUCCACUCUGGUUUCAGAUUUCCAGUAUAUAGCCAGUGUCAGUCGUGUCUCCUCUCAUUCUCUCAUAAAGUUUCCUCCCAUGCUUUCCGCACAAGGGAAACUAAACUAGCAGUAGGAAGGAAAACACCCACAGCUUUGUAGCUCAGCUGAUACAGCAUUAAUGAUUUGAAAAAAAAAAACGGUGUGUGUUGACAGAACAAGCUCUCUGAUUUACACUGAAUCUGUACUCAGGUUGUCACAAAUAUGUUUUCUUCCACUUUCAGUUCAUUUCUGCUGCUGGUUAAACGGGUUCUUGUUUUCAAACACUAUUUAAGCUAUGUCAGUUUUAUAUCACUGCAAGUCAAAGUUCAAAAUGACUUUAAUGCCCGAGUCCAGAGUCCAGACCUGGAGACUGAGCCACAGUUGUUGUCGUUUCUUGAAACUGCUAACCUCAGAUAACUUCUAAAAGGUUAGUUAAGACGCACUCAUGCAUGAUGGGAGGAAAUGCUUUACGUGACCGACGAGGGCCAUGUUUUCUGUUUUCUCAUUACGACACACUUGUACUCUUGCCCUGUUCUGAUCAGCCAAUGGGAACGCCUUCAAAUCGGUUUUCCGCUCAGGAUGGAAAACUAAACGUCCCGCGUGGUGCUUCUGACUUGUUUUCAGUGACGGCAGCAGGCGACGCCGCACGUAUCUGGUCAAACGUUUCACUGCCUUUGGUUUGUUAAAUAUUUCUAGCAAAAGAAAAACAGAACAGACUUUUGUAUCUUUGUUAAACUAAUGUUUUUGUUUCAAUUAUCUCUUGAAAAAAGUCCGAUUAUGUUCCAAAUUUAUGUGAUAAGACGUAGAAAUGAUUGUUUGUAAAGUUAGAAAAUGUAAAUUUUGUACCGUCUUACAUUUAUUUUGUCAUCUAACAUUUCACUGCUUUAAUUUAAUAGUGAUUGCAGUUUUUGGGGAAGUCUGUGUGACUUUUAUUUUUAACAUAGUGUUGACAUUCAACAUCCACAAACAGUUUUAACGUUCGAUACUUGAAUUAAACUAAUACGUUUUUGGUGA